ACUGAGGACAGGGCAUUCACGUGUCGCCGGCGGCUCGAUAAAGGCCCUCUCUGGGCCGGCGGCCGCAUUCGGAGCUCAGAGUCCGUGCUAUCCGCAGCGUCCAUCUCCGCUCGCCCACCGCCCCCAGCUGAUUCUCAGUGUGAAGCGGAAACGUCAGUGACGAACCAUGGGAUCGUCUGUGAAGCUCAACAAUGGACAGAAGAUGCCGCUGCUCGGCCUCGGCUGCUGGCAGGCACCGGGAGAUGAGGUAGCUGCCGCCGUGGAGGCCGCCCUGCUGGCCGGAUACCGGCACAUCGACACCGCCUACAACUACCUGAACGAGGACGGCGUCGGCCGCGGCAUCAAGGCCGCCAUCGCCUCCGGCAAGGUCAAGAGAAGUGACAUUUUCGUAGUGACCAAGCUGCCGAUGAUCGGGAUGCAGGCGGGUAAGGUAGAGAAGUACCUCAGGAAGUCGAUAAAGGCUCUCGGUCUUGACUACGUUGACCUGUAUCUGGUUCACGCACCGCUAGGAUUCGCUGAGAGGAGUGAGUCAGACCCCUUUCCGAUGGACAACGGUAAGGUUGUUCUGGACUGCUCAACCGAUUUGAUUUCCGUAUGGAAGGACAUGGAGAAGAUGGUCUCCUUGGGCUUGGCGAAGUCGAUUGGAGUGUCCAACUUCACCGACAAACAGGUCCUCAAGAUCGUGUCGAAUGCCAAGAUCCCACCUGCAGUGCACCAGGUCGAGUGUCACGUCUACUUCCAGCAGCUAAAGAUGCGCGAGGUCUGCAAGAAGUACAACAUCGCCAUCACGGCCUACGCGCCUCUGGCCUCUCCCGGCAGGAAGGUGCUCUAUGAAAAGCGCGGCGUCAAGAUCGAGCUGCCCGACCUGCUGAACAAUCCCGUUGUACGUCUGGUGGCCGAGAAACACAAACGGACGGCGGCCCAGGUGCUGCUCAGGUUCCUGGUCCAGCAGGACAUCAUCGUCAUCCCCAAGUCAACCAACGCUGGUCGCAUCAAGCAGAACGGCGACAUCUUCAGCUUCAAGCUGGACGAGCUAGACAUGGAAGCCCUGCGUUUCUUGAAUCAAGGAGAGGCCGGCAGAAGCUUCACCAUGCUCUCGUUCCCUGGCGUUGAACGUCACCCCGAGUGUCCAUUCUAAGUGAAAAAUGUUACGCGUUUCUUAUUCACAAACAGCUGUUUGUUGGUUGUCCUAUUAGCAUAUUUAGAGGAAGAAAUGUAUUUUGUUGUGACGCAUUGCCGAUCCUCUGACCUGGCAGCGUCGCGAGCUUUGUUGCUCCUCUGUACCGUCCGCAG